GUCAACAAGAGUUUAAGCUAGAUGCAGUUUAAGGCGUUUGUGCUGUCUGUGAGUGCUCUGAGCCUGACUGCACUGAGUGUACCGCAGGAUGACUGUGGGCAGCGGUCCCUGGUCGGCCACCCGGAUUCACCUCGGAUAGUGGGGGGCCGGGAGGCUCCUGAGGGGUCGUGGCCCUGGCAGGUCAGCAUCCAGAUCCUGUCCAAGCACCACUGCGGCGGCACGAUCAUCAGCAGCCUCUGGGUGCUCACUGCCACACACUGCUUCCACAAAUACUUCUGGAUCAGCAGAAGGCAUUUCCGCGUGGUGGCAGGACUUAAUGUGUUGUCUGCUCCAGGAGACCAAGCCCAGAUCCGCUCCAUCAGCAAAGUCAGAAUGCACGAGGACUACGAUGACGUCACGUCUGACAGCGAUGUGACACUGUUGCUCCUCAGUUCCCCCUUCGACUUCACUGACCACGUCCAACCGGUCUGCACUCCUCACAGUGUGACUCAGGAGUUCAGCCUCAACUUCACCCACUGUUUCAUCAGUGGAUGGGGCAGCACCUAUCACAAAGGCAGGAUGAUGAACAGAUUGCAGGAAGCUGAAGUGGAGCUCAUUGACAGGAGAACGUGUAACCUGACCACCUGGUACGGCGGCCUCAUCACCGACAACAUGAUCUGUGCUGGACUGGAGAGCGGGGCGGCCGACAGCUGUCAGGGUGACAGCGGGGGGCCGCUGCAGUGUUACAGCCAGGACGAGGAGAGGUUUUUCUUGGUCGGAGUGACAAGCUUCGGGGACGAGUGUGGACUUCCUCACAGGCCGGGGGUGUACGCCAGAACCAGCAGGUUUGCGGGUUGGCUGAGGAAAAGUCAGACAGCAUCGGCACACAGACUGAACACAGGGCUGAUCUCAGCUCUGCUCAGUGCCGCUCUGAUGCUGCUCUGAACCAUCCAGUCUGUCUGUCAGCAAUAAAUACCACAUCAUAUAAUAUACCUUAGACUGUUUGAAUGUGCUUAGCCAUCUGGAUUAGUGAUGAAAUGUUCCAAUAACUCUGAAGUCUUACUCUGAGUGAUGGUGUUUAUGGUUUUGUUUUUUUCAGAUUUCUGUAUUUGUGUUUAUUCGUCAACAAGUGAGUCUACAUAGAACGUCAGGUACAUAAGAUAGAAGAGUGCUGAAAACAUAGUCAACAGUAUAGUAUAAAAGUAUUUAUAAACUAGAAUAUACAAAAAAAUAAUAAAUGAAUAAAAUGAAAGACAUAAAUAUUAAAAGUAAGUAAUAAGGAAAAAACAUAUAAAGACUAACUUUCCAGUAAGAUCUCUCAAAGUGUUUGUGGGGUUAUAAAUAGGCUUUAUCAGUGGCUUUACUGAUGCUUUAUAGAUCAGUUUUAAGCCAUUAAUAAGAAUAACUUUUAGGUUGCAAGGUUGUGACAGAUCUCUCUGGCUGGUGUCCGUCCUCCUCCAGCUGAGACUUGCUUUGUCUUUUUAGGGAACUUAUAAAUAAUCAGGAAAUUCCUUCAAUUGACUGUUAGACUCCUCACUUUCUGAGAAAGGUGUUACGGACCAAAAUCCAUCUCUUAACAAUUUAUCUACAUAUUGAUACUACUACUACAGACUGGAUGGCUCUUUAGAAACUGAGUGGAAUGUGUUACCAGCAUUUGUAACUGCAUAUACCAGCCAGAGGUUUGCAGACUCAAAGGCUGCUAUCAAUGGCAUGAAAACCAAAAAAAAAGACUCUUGAAACAAUCACAGUGGACAUUAAGUCUGCAUUUACUUAUUUAUGUCAAAGUCACAUCACUGUUGCAGAGUAAAGCAAAUCAACCUGCAAAGAAACUGCAUUACUAUGUAACAAUAAUGUCAUUU